AUAGAUCAAGCUUAAAAUUUUAUGUACAAUGUGCUCUUUGCUUUAUGUUUCUUUCUGUAUAUCUCUUUCUGAUUUAAAUCUUGAUCUUGUAGUUAGAAGAAAAUAAUGAAUAAGAAAUAAGAAGCGAAGAGCAUAUUGUAGAUCAGGUUUAAAAGCGUAAAAAUGCCUUUUAUAAGCCUUUUGAUUGGCCAUAAGCCAGUUUAUUAGAGCCUUUAGCCAUAAAAGAGUUCAAAAUAUAAACCAAAGUCUCGCGAAUUUCGGUGUGAUUUUUUUAGCUUUCCUCGCGACGUCGCCGAGUUUCCAGAUUAACCAAACCGGUGCACGCUUGUACGUAGCGUUGUGCCGAAUCACUCGAUUGCUCUAAAUUCAUCGAAUUAUGUUCGUGAUGUAUUCUCGUCGAGCGCCUUGAGCGCUUUGGUUGCUUCUGGCUAUGAGCGGGAAUGAGCGUGCGGUCCUGUUAUCUCCGAAAUUCGGCUGGAGUCAUUGUGAGUCGAGUCACCGUGUUAAGUGUUUACGUAGAGAGCCGCUCAAGAGCGGCGAGAGAACGGCACGGGCGGAGCGACACGCGUGUACGAAGCGUGCGCGCCAUAAUGGCGGAGUGCUAAUUAACAGCAAGAUAUUUCUCGCAAUCCGCGACAUUGACAUCACGACGUGCGCGCGCACGCAGGCACGUACACACGCACGUAUACAUACACACACAUACAUACACACGGCCGCCCGAAAUUGCGAGAUAUCCCCGCGUUUAUUUCCUCUGUUAUGUUUCACGAAACGCGCUUCACCGAGACCGAACCUACACGCAACGAUCGCGCGUUCCCAUGAAUUAUUUACGAGAUAUGAUCGAGUAAAAAAAGUAUCAACGUCACCGACGCAGGCGUCGCCGGCGCGACAUUAACAAUUCCUGAUGUUAUCGUCCCGGGACGGAUUCCACACCGGCCAGAUUUGGAUCUUAUUUCCACACUAGCCUCGUUCGCGAUGUUUCCGAGGACGCGGAAUCGUGAAGUUGCACGCGCGCGCGCGCGACGAAUUUACGAACGGCGAGUUCGUAACGCGAAGUGCCAUGCAAAAAUAUUGCUAUCUGACAAACGCUCCCACAUUUUCCCAGCAACGUUACGCGCGGCGCACACGUGUUAUAUCGACGCGUUAGAUCGCGCUGCUCGUCGAUAGCAGACUUUUCUCGUCGAUAUUCAUGGACGGCUCACUUAUCGUUUUUCUUGCGACCGUAUUCGUCAUUGAUGAUUGUCGCUUUUCUAUCAAUCAUCGUUUAACGUUUAACUUAAUCUCGCUAGUCAAGACAAGAUAUCGAAACACUUUGAUAAUAACGAUAAAGAAUCGGUAAUCUGUAGAUUUCAUCCAGAUUGCCUGUGCAUACUGAAAAUAUAAGUCACACGCAUGCAUAAACAUAGUAAUUCUUUCUUCCUUUCUUUCUUCCUUUAUCGAGGAAGAGAGAGAAGAAUUGUUAACAUUGGCUUGAAAAAUUCAAAUAUAGAGUGGAGGUCAACUAAUAUUGUCGCUUUUAAAUUGUCACUUUACACACUCAGCACAGAUAACAAAUUCUGAUCGUAUUCUGUCGAAAUUACUAUGUUAAAUUCCUCGUUUAUUACAAUGAUUAUCAUUAUCCUCCUCAUAUCUCCCAAGAUAUACAUAAUCUUUCGAAACAUCGACAUUUUUGGCCGAUUAUACAGUGCCAGUUAUCUAUAUCUCGAGUCACAUACAUACACACACAUGCAAAGCAUUACGAUACGACAUAGAGAUAUUUUCGAAACCUUUGCCAUCCUCAUUGACUGAAGUGUUUUCUCAAUCGCUCUGAUCGCGACUGAUUAAAGCGAAUGCUUAUGAACUCAUUGCCAAUCUAUCAGUGUGCGUAAGCGAUAUACAUAAAAGCAGAAAAAGAAGAAUAAAAAAAACACUUCUGAUCAGUGUAACUUUACAAAGAGAACUUGCGUAAAUCUCCGUCCAUCCGGGAUUCGUUGUCGAUCACGUAGGCAAAUUUCGAUUUGGAUGAGCUCGCAGAGGAAUGGACUCGCGCGUUAAUGACGCCGUACUUCUCAAUAGUAAAAACCGCCCCUCGGUCGUACCGUGGUUGGUAAUCGUUGUCAGUCAGCGGCGGCUUGUUCGCCGUUUUGCAUCGAUAAGUCGCGAAAGACCUUUAUCACUGGGACGCGGACGGUCGCGCGGGAACGUCGCGCGCGACGUAAAUAAAAGGCAGUCGAGCUAGGGGAGACUCUCACCUCAGAGAGAGAGAAGCAAGAGGCACAACACUCUCUUUGGUUUCUCCUCCGACGCGAGUUUCUCUGUGUGACGCGGACUAGUCUCCCCGGCCGAGUCUCUCUCUCUCUCUCUCUCUCUCUCUCUCUCUCUCUCUCUCUCUCUCUCGUCGAGUCUCUCACGACGACGUGGAUCCGAGAGGAAACGAACGUGAUAUCGAUGUUAUUUGCUGUUGACGCUCCGAUAUCGGCCGUGUCGCCGGACAACCCGAGCGGCAAACGGGGGGAUUCGCCCGCGUGGACUUUACUAAUGGCGGCACGAUUAAAGAUACUUGUAUAUUUCCGACAGAUAUUCCAGUCGCGAUAUGCGUCGAUAGAUAUUGCAUUUUGUUUCCACGCUGCUGAGUCCCGCUGAGUCACGAAUACCAAUCAGACGUCGGUAUGUCCGUGUGAUGUUAAUAUCAUCGUCUAUUAAUAUGCCGAGAGAUACUGUUGUUUCUUUACUUUUAAUGCUUUUAAUUGACGUUACGCAACGCGCUCACCUGGCGGCACAGCGAAAUUCGAUUCCUAUCUUUUGCACCUGAACUGUAAAGUCGAGCGGAGAGCGCAACGCGUAUUAGUGUGUACGGAGAGCGGUCAAUUUUUUAAUUCGCUCUGCUGCCGAAAGGAAAUGUGUCUUGAGCGGAAGGCACCGCGCCGAAUCUCCGCUUUUCGAUUAAGGAUCCCAUAAGUCACAAUUCAAUUCAACACGUGAUUCGGCUCCGUUGUAUUCAGCAAAUUAACGAUAGGCCAUCGCGAUUCCUCCGCUCUCUUAACUCGCGAUCCACUUAUACAAUUAUUUAUUGACGCACGCCAUUUAGUUUCCCAAGGUUUCUCAAACGUCGUCGUGUUGUCGUAUUUCGCUUUCUCGGGAAUAACAACUCGGUGACUUGCAUAUAAUGAAAUACAGAAACAAAGGUUUAACAUAUUAAUUCGAAUUGUUACGUUACGUUACAUGUAAAAAACAAAAAUUGAGAAAACAAGUUUGUUCGGAUUAACCGAAUGUCUGCUGAAGUAUAAACAAGCCAGAAAUUCCGACUGAAGUCACCAGAAUUCUGUUCGAGUUAACGGAAUUCUGGUUAUCCAAAAUUCGCGCAAUUCAAGUUAACUCGAAUACUAGUGAUUUCGAUCAGAUUUCUGAUUCAUUCAUGUUUCAUUCAGACAUGUUUCGUUCAGACAUUUAGUUAAUCCAAACAAACUUUUUUUUGCGUACAAUGUAGGGGAAAAUGUCCAGCAGCCGGCGCUCGUUACAGCUCCUAUCAGCUUUCGACACUUUUGCUCGGAUGCCAUUAAAUAUCAAGAUGUACGGCAAUUUAUUAAUUAUAUAUUAAUUAUUUUUCAAUUAUUAUGUAUUUAUUUCUUCGUUUUCUUUGAUAUCCUCAUGCGUUUUAAAUCUCGACAAUCCUUGAUGGAAAUAAAAGAGUAAGAAUAUCAAGGAUCUAACAAUACUUCUUCUCUUUUCGUUCUGAGGAGUUCAGAAUAAACUCUUCUUUGUGCAAAAAGAUUUAAGUAAAGUGUUAUUUGGCAUCAUUUUUAUCAGGGAUGUCUUGAAUACCGAUUAUUGCUGGAUAUUUCCUCCUAUUUGAGAUGUUAUCAGAGAGACGAAAAGGUCGGUGUCUGGUACGGAGUCCUAAAACGUCCAUCUUCCGCGCGAUUGAGACGACUGAGACGAAGCGAUUUUUGCCGAUUACGAUCGUGCUUUCGCUUUUGGCGGUAUCGUUUUUUCGUCUUGGAUUCCCCCCACGAAGAGGCGCGGCUCAGCGCGAGAAUCCGCGCGCUCUUCUCGCCGACCAGCGGAAUCGCGCUGGUACUUGGUGGUACCACUUGCGCUCGCACACACGCUCGCGCGCGAGCAUGUGUGCGUCGUCGAUGCGUGUGUUGGAUUAACAAACGCAUUCUCUCCCGCUCGCGCUCUCGCUGUGCCGCUCCGUUGCCGUCCGUCGUCGUGCCACGUGACAGAGACAAAAAACUCGUCUUCAUUAAACCUCACACCGACAAUUCCCCAUCGAUACGGUAAUGGAACACGAAUAUUUAGCGGAGAAACUCCGACGUUUAACAGAUACGAGCGCGAAAAGACAUUGACACUUUCACUGCCGAAAGACGCCUGCCCGGCGUCUUCGGUUUCUCUCAAGGAAGAAGCCGAGGGCGCCAAUACAGAGAAAGAGAGAGAAGAAAGACGCUCUCAUUAUUUGCCCGCUAGCGUUCAGUACGCUCGCAACCUUCGAAUGACGACAUUCAUCUGUCCCCGACAUUGCUAUGAAGAAAAUAAGCGACUACUUACGGACGUUCUCGUUUCCAGAAUUCUUAAUUGACAAUUUCGUGACAUUGCAGUUGAUCUUUUGUUGAGUGACAGUGUUGAACAAACUGUUGUUGAUGAACAAUUUGAGUUGUGUAAACAUGGUUACGUCAGUCUGAGAACACGACGGCUAUUUUUAACAUAAGUCGAAAUAAGUGGUCUUCUCGUGUAUAAUCCCGAUCGUGUAACAUACGGUAAAUUUCUAACAAAUCGUGUCAAUUUACGCGGCGACAUUUCUCUCCAACGACUCCUUCUACUCAACGCAGCCUCCACAAAGGCGAAGGAACCACCGUCGUCCACAGCGACAUUGAACUCUGCCGGGGGCGGCGGCGGCGGUGGCAAUAAUACCGGCAAUGGUCACGCGCCUCUAAGGCGCAGCUACACCUCCCUGAUGUCCACGCUGAUCGAGCACCACCGGAAACUGGAUCGCAGCGUAAGCGAACCAACGUCGCGUUACAAGACCGAGCUCUGCCGGCCGUUCGAGGAGAGCGGCGCGUGCAAGUAUGGCGACAAGUGCCAGUUCGCCCACGGCUAUAGCGAGCUACGCAACCUCGCCCGCCACCCCAAGUACAAGACCGAGCCUUGCCGCACCUACCAUUCGUCCGGCUUCUGCCCCUACGGGCCGCGAUGCCAUUUCAUACAUAACUUCGAGGAGGCCCGCAUACACAAUCAGAAGGUGAGCGCUCAGCUGGCCUCGACGCAACCAAACAUAAUGAGCCUGAACAGCCUGAAUCCACUGCUGAGCGCAGCGGCGGCCGCUGCGGCUGCCGCCGCGGUCGGCAACAGCACCGCCGGCAGUGCCGCGAACGCCACCGCCAACAACGUCAGCGUGCGCUUGCUCGAACAGAUGAACGCAUCGCCGCAGGUAGCCGCCGCUGCCGCAGCCGCAGCGGCCGCUGCCGUGAAUCAAAACGCUGCUGCCGCUGCCGCUGCAGCCGCCGCUGCCGCAGCCGCUACGCCCAAUCUCAUGAGAGCGAACUCGCUGAGCCUCGGCAGUAGCAGCGCUGUCGCAGCCGCCGUCAACAACGUGGCCAGCUACAAUCCGCCGCCGUUACUGCGAACAUCAUCGCUGAGUCUUGCCACGAACCACCAUCAUCAUCAGCAGCACCACCACGGCGCGCACCAUCAUCAUCAGUCGAGCAGUAACGCGGUCACCUCAAUGAUCGGUGCGAGCAAGCCAAAACCGCUCAACCUCAGCCCGACUUUCUCGCUCGGCAGCACUGGCGACUCGGCCUCGCCAUCCUCCAGUCUGAGCCAGUCCCCGACCAACUCUAUGGCUAGCUUCUUUAGCGACGAGUGUAGCCAGCAGUCCUGUACGAACCUGCCGACGACGCCAUUCAGCUUCGGCCAAGACUUCGGUCUGAUCCCGACCAGACAGAGCCCGAGUCCGCGCAACAGCGUCUGCAGCCCACUCGGUUCUGACGAACUAGCACCUAGGACGCCCUCUCCACUGUCGCCCAACACGGAGUCCAGGCUGCCAGUCUUCAACAGGAUCAGUGGCACCCUUGUGGACUUCGAGAACCUCAAGAUCUAAGAAGGAGAAGGAAGAGGAGACUGACUCUCGCAAGUUGGCGAGUCUCGAUCGAGAGUGCCGUGAUCCGCGAGGAAAUAGGCAGCACAGGAUCACUUUGUAGGAGUCCGUUUUCGAGAUGUAUGCGUUUUGCGAGCGACGACAGCGAAUCCCCGCGCAGCGGAUUCUUCUGUCGACGGAACUACUGAGGUUUAUACUUUCAUUUUUACACAUACACACACACAUACAAACAAACACACGUACACACGCGCAAAUUUACUGCGCGACUCCCUGCUUCCAGUCAUCGGCUUGUUAUUUAAAAAGCGCCACACUUCUAGGUCAAACAGGCACACACACCCGAGCACAUAUAUUUAACUCUCGUUUCUGAACGAGAUUGCCUUUUUCUCUCCUUACGUUUUUAUCUUCUCCUUUUUUUCAUAUAUAUAUAUAUAUAUAUAUAUAUAUAUAUAUAUAUGUAUAUAUUACUACGUUAUAGUCACACAUCUCAUGUAUUAAUUACGUUACACUGUCGGUACACUCGUCAUCUUAUCCUUUACUCUUGCUCUUCUUUCGUAUUCUAUUAUCGUUAAGAUCGCGAAUCCAGCGGAAAAAGCGAAAUCAACUCGGUGAGAGUUGCCGGGCCGCCGUUCAUUAGGGCUCGUUCGUCAGGCUCCGAGGAGGACGUAGCGAUCUCGGCGAGAGAUGACGAGAGAGGAAACGGGAGCUGCGAGGAGGGGCGACGGAGGGCACCGAGCGCAAGUUUAUUCCGAAACGUGACUUCUCCGAGUAAGUUGUUCAUUGAUCUCACUCGGCUCGCCCUCCCGACGCCCUCCGGUCCACGCGGUUCCCCUGUCCUCCGGCACACCUCUCACCCUGUCGAGUCUCUCGGGGGCCGCGUGCGCCGGCACGGCUCGGCACCGCUCGAUCCGGGGCAGGUGAAACGUUGCAAUAUUCCAAAACGUAUAGUUACACACGUUACGCUAAACGUACGGUUACGUUUCUUCGAGUUUCUUCUUCGAGGGAGUAAGGGUGGGGAAAGUUGUCUCGAGAGUGAAAGGAGAGGCGGGAGCGAGGACUCUCGUCGGCGAGCGAGUGAACGAGCGAGCGAACGAGAGAGAGUGAGCGAGUAAGUGUGAACGAGCGACUGUGUGUGUGUGUGUGUGUGUGUGUGUGUGUGUGCCUGUGUGAGUGCGUGUAUGUGUGAGCGAGUGAGUAUGAGAGAAUGAUAUAGAGGAGGACCGGGAUGGGGGGGGCAUAAGAAGCAGAGUGGGUGGGAGAGGAAAGAGUGCGUGAGAGAAAAUGGUAGUCGGGUGAAACCGAUUAACGCACUACGCGAAUGGCGUCGGUCGCGGCAAAAGCAGAGUUGUUGUAAUGUUCACGAGUCGAGACGCACUUUACGGUUCUACGGACCUACGGCUCUUGUCGCUCUUAUUUGUCGGCAUUUGGUGAACGUUCAACGCAUCGCGGAUAAACGCGCGGCCGAUUGCUCGGCGCGGAUCGUGGAUUCGCGACGCGUUCUUUCAGUAGUUCCACCUUGCUUUUACAUCGGUGUGAUGCCAAAACGUUCGGCGAUAUGGGGUGCAGGGUGUCGCGUUGAAACGCGCGUUUCAAAUUUGACACUCUCUGUACUCGCUGCAGCAAAAGGUUUUGUUUCUGACAAUUUUCAUGAAUAGACUGAGAGGAGUUUUAAGUUCUUCUUUUUACUAUAUUAUUAUAUUAUUAUAUUAUAUUAUUAUAUAUUAUAAUUAUUAUUAUAUUAUUAUUAUUAUUAUUAUUAUUAUUAUUAUUAUACUUGCAAAGAGCGACUAGAUGCAGAUACUGAGAUUUUCUCUUUAAGAAGAUCCGGAAAUGGAGCGUGCUGUUUCCGUUCGCGUUGGCCGGUUGCCCGAACGCGCGAAUAAACGAGUAUGUCUUCUUAUAAACUUUGAUCGUCUUCCAUAUUAAAAUGAUUAGGUUAUGUGGUGCGAAUGGCGGGAGAGAAUGACGGUGUGAGAGAAAGAGAAAGAGAGAUAGCUGGGACAAGAUAGAGCCGGUUGAAAGAUAAUGAGGGAAAGUGGUGUGGCUGUGAGCGCACACGUGUGCCUGACGUUGCGUUUCAUAAGAUAAUAAGCAAUGAGCAUAAAAACGUGCUGAUGACCACGACGACGAUGACGAUGACGGCAAUGACGAACGACGAUAACUGGCUGGAUGAAGUAAUGACGAAUAACGUAAUACUAAUAAUAAGAGUACAGAUAUAUUGUGUACAUUAGAGCGAAUACUGAGGAAGAGAAAGGGACACAUACAUUUCGACGAUCAAAUCGUCCGGAAGACUCGCGUCGAUUGCCAAAAGAGCGUUUCUCUUCUCCUCAAGUGGAAAAAAAAGAAUGCGAUCUCUUCUCGUCGCGAGGCUCAUCGACUUCCCCUCGGUUUCCGUGCACGCGCGAAAAACGCGCGUUCUAACGCGCACAUCUCCGCCCACAUCAUCGAUCAAUCUCCCGACAAUGCGUGAUAUCUUUGAUGCAUUGAAAUUGAAGAAUUUUAAUGUUUCAGAUGUGAGAGAGAGAGAGAGAGAGAGAGAGAGAGAGAGAGAGAGAGAGAGAGAGAGAACGUCGAGACAAACGUGUUGUUGGUGCGGUCGCGCUCGACUAGUCGAUUAACUAGGUCGAUUAACUUGAGUCGCAUUUCACUAUCGUACCAUAUAAUACCUACGAUAUCAACUGUACGAAUCAGCAUCAGCAUCGUGUAUCGCGUGCUAUAUUAUAUAAUUUAUUUAUUACACCAGGGAGGGGGGGGGGGAAAGGA